AUGGCUGCAAUUGGGUCCUUCAGCCUGCUUAGGAAUUUUGCAGUAACUAAAAGCGCAUUUCCAAAUGUGAGAGUCUUACCAAGAGCUAGUUCUGGUUUCAAUUCCAUUAAGUUCCUUCAUCCUAACCAUUCUCAAAGAUCUCUCUUUUGCACUAAGGCUAUACAUGACGAAGAGGCUUCUGCAAAAGCAGCUGCAGCCAGUGCUGACAGCGGAGCUCCUACCAUUUUUGACAAAAUCAUAGCAAAGGAAAUUCCUGCAUCCAUUGUAUAUGAGGAUGAAAAGGUCCUAGCAUUCAGGGACAUCAAUCCUCAGGCUCCUGUUCAUGUUUUGGUCAUUCCAAAGAUCAGGGAUGGAUUGACAGGGCUUGGGAAGGCAGAAGCAAGGCAUGGAGAGGUGUUGGGCCAACUUCUUUGUGCUGCAAAAAUAGUGGCUGAAAGGGAAGGCAUCCUCAAUGGAUUUCGUGUUGUUAUCAACAACGGUCCCGGUGCCU